AUGCGGGCUUUUAUGCCACCGCAUGUCCCUCUCUUCCUAUACUCCAUCCUAGCCAUCCUACUCAUCUCGUUUGGUAAUGCAUCAGAACAAGAGCCACUGCAAGGGGCCGUUAAUGCAACCCCUAAGCGGGUGGCAAUAAUCGGAGCCGGAGCCGGAGGGUCGUUUGCUGCAUAUCAACUGCGUAAGCUCGCAGAUGAAGCCAACAUCCCUGUCGAUAUCACAGUCUAUGAGCGUGAAUCAUAUGUCGGUGGUCGCUCAACAACAGUCGAUGUAUUCGACGACCCAGCAUACCCCAUUGAGCUUGGCGCCUCCAUCUUUGUCCAGGUCAAUUACAACCUGGUCAACGCUUCCCGUGACCUCGGUCUGACGGUCAGUAGUGCUGACCAUGCCCGGCCCAGGGAGACUGAGGAGAGUAUCGGGAUCUGGGACGGGAACAAGUUUGUUUUCACGUUGAAGAAUUCGUAUAGCUGGUGGAAUAUCGGCCGGCUCUUCUGGCGGUACGGACUGGCGCCGCUGCACACUCAGAAUCUGGUGAAGAGUGUCGUUGGCAGGUUUCUCCGACUUUAUGAAGGGCCAUUAUUCCCUUUCAGCUCUCUUACUGAAGCGGCUAUUGCGGUCGACUUGAUCAAUGCUACUGCAUCUUCUGGCGAUGCGUUUCUCCAUACAAAUAGCAUCGACUCGCUGUUUGCGAGGGAGAUCAUCCAAGCAAGUACUCGAGUGAAUUAUGGGCAGAACCUGCCGCUGAUUCAUGGCUUGGAAUCUAUCGUCUGCAUGGCUACGGAUGGAGCGGUUUCUAUCAAGGGUGGGAACUGGCGCAUUUUCGAUGGCGCGCUGAGAGCUUCGGGAGCGAAUAUCAAAGUGAAUACCACGGCCACUGACAUUUUACGCGAUGACCAUGGGACUGUGCGGGUCUCCUCAAAGUUAAACACCGCUGUCAGCUCAGAGCAUGAGGUAUUUGACGAAGUUGUCAUUGCCGGUCCUUUGCAGUACUCGGGUAUCUCCAUGUCUCCUCCCUUGGAGAGCACCCCAGAUGAGAUUCCAUAUGUCAAUCUGCACGUUACACUGUUUGCAUCCCCACAUCGUAUCUCACCGAAGUAUUUUGGCCUGAAAGACUCAAAUGCUCGAGCGCCUGAGACUAUUCUGACCACUCUGCCCGAGGGCCUUGAUCUGGGUUCGAACCCAGAUGGUGUUGGGCCCAGCGGUUUCUGGAGUAUCAGUACACUUCGAACAGUGAAUCAUUCAGUCGAGGGCUCUGAAGAAGAUACACAGCAACAUUACGUUUACAAAAUCUUCUCGCCAGAGCGGCCCACGGCUGAAUUCAUUGCCCAGAUUCUGGGGCUGGAGAAUGAGACUGUGGGAAGCAAUACGACCAUCGGAGACCUUUCGACAGGUGAUAUCAGCUGGUUCCAUGAGAAGCUAUGGAACCCAUAUCCUCUUCUCUAUCCGAGGGUGACAUUUGAGGAGACUCUUCUGGCUCCGGGCGUGUGGUACACGGGUGGCAUCGAGAGCUUCAUCUCGACAAUGGAGACUAGUGCGCUGAUGGGCCGGAACGUGGCAUCUCUCAUGUUCCAGUCGUGGCAGAAGCGAGGAGAUCAGACAUACAUCGAGGCAUCACCUGGGGAUCGGGAGCUCUAA